AUGAAAAGAGGUGGUGGACCGAAUGAUUUAGACCCCCCACCAAAAGUCUCUAAAACUAGAGAGUCUGUGGAUGAAGAUGAAUGUGUCGGCGAUUGGCAAGCAUCGCUUGGAUGUUCAUUAGCGGAAAGACUGGAAAAAAUCACUACUGUCCAACAUUUGACAACACGCCAAGUUAAAAGGUUGUUAAAGGAUGUCCUGACUAAUGAGGAUGUUGUGAGUGCUCUACGUCGGUAUAUUGACGGUGAAUUCAGAGAGCCUGAAACCGGUGAGGUUUCAGCAGCUACUCGAAGGCGUGCUAAAUCUUUGGGAUUAUUUUCUAUCCUCAGUGAUCUUGGAGAAAAUUCCGAUUACCACCUAGAAUCUAGAGCUAUCACUCGAUCACUUACUCGUCGUAUUGAAGAGUCAUUGCAAAAUCAGUUUCCACAUUCUACCACACCCGAAAAAGAAGCACCAUGCACCAUUCUUGAUAUGGAAUUCCCUGACGAAGAUGAUGGCAACGUAAAAAAUAUAGGGAGCGAUUUAGAUAUUUCAUUGACCGAUAGUGAUUACCAACCGAACGAUGGAGAUUACAAAAUUUUAAGACGUGAUCAAGUGCUAGAUUUUACCGAAGCAUCCAAACAUAAUUCCUGUGUUACAGAUGUAGGAAAUGAAAGUUGUCUUAAUGGUAGUACAAGUAGCACUGAGAGUGAUUCACAAAUAGAUCUUGACUCUUGUGAUGACUGCAUUCAACCUAACAAUGUCGAUAAUUCUGUUUUCUGUGGAAACGAUAAUAAUUUAGAUAUAAGAACUUCCCGUCUCACUCGUUCAAAAGCUAAAUCACUCAAGGGUUUAUUUGAAUUAAGAAACGGUGUUUCUUUUGAAAAGCAUGAAAAUUCUAACUCCAGCGUAUCAUUUCGACCGGACGAUGCUGUUGAAUUUUCGCCUCCUGGUAGUUCUCAUUGUUAUCCGGAUGCAGAAGAGGGUGAAGAAGAAGAGUUGAACGCAACAGAGGAAAUAACGAAUAAAAAUUACAGUACAACAACAAAUAAAGAUGUAGAUAUUGAAGAUUCAGAUAACGAUGUUUAUACUCAAUUUCUUCGUUCGCUGUUCACUUCCGCUUCCAAUUCAGCAAACUGUACGCCUAACAAAUCAAAUCCAGGAAUAAAUGCUCCAGUUAAAGCGUCUACAAUCUGUGAAAAGCUCUUAGGCGAUGAACCAAAAAAAAGCAACAGAUCCCAACCAUCAAAUGGACAUCAUUCUGAAAUGACAUCGCGGCCAAUAUCAAGGCUUGUAAAUGAUAUCAAUGACGAUGAAGACGAUGACGAUCCAGAAUUUGACGUUAUGGCAGAGUUAGACGAUGUUGAUAGGGAAGAUUUUUUCUAUGAAUUACGAGACGAUCGCGCUGUUCGAGUAUCUAAAAUGGAAGCCAAGAAUUUACAUGAAGAUUUACGUGAACUGUUUAGUUCAGAAGAAGGACAUGAAAAUCGUACACAUCAAUCCAAAACACCUUCAUUCCUGGCAAUGAAAGCUUAUGGCCAACGUUUGUUUCAUAUGGAUCGCAAUACCUUUCGAAAUAGUAGUCAAAUAGAUGAGUUUAACAAUCCACAACAUAUUCAAUCUCCUGCACCCAAUGAGAUUUUUCAUAAGACUACAGAUACUCCGGUUAAUCCAACUGUAACACGGUGUCGUAUCACCCUUACUGAGACAGAACUAGUUCGAUUGGAACGUCAAUUAGUAAUGCAUAUUCAAUUGUUAACUACGAAUUUCUUAUUAACAUAUGAUUUUCCUGAUAUGCAUGAAUAUGUUACCCGACCAUGUGCUACUCUUCUCAAAACUUUAAUUGCUAAACGUCAAGCUUUUGAUUUAGUUGCACUUCAACAAAAUAUUCCCGAUAAAUAUCCUGUUACAAGCUUCUAUUGGUGUUGUCCUACUUUGGAAAUGGCUGUUGAUUUGAUUUCCGAUUAUGCUGGAUUAUCUAUGCUUCCACGUUUACCAUGGAAUCCGUAUAAACGAGGAGUAGGAAAUAGUCUUACCAAGUCACAAUCAUUCGCCUUGCCUAUCCCAUAUUGUUUAUUACGUAUAAUGACUAACAGUCCUAUUUGGUCUUAUGCGUGUUUAAUGCCUACUGUCUUGGGACCACAUCCGAAAAGUCAUGUCCGAUUAAUUUUUCAUCCAUCUGAAGAUGCUUUAAUGGUGAUGGGGUUGGCAGACUUUUCCGGUGCAUUAAGUCGAACUCGUAAAUCUCUCGAACCUAAAACUCUUAAUUAUCACCACCAAUCUAGAAGUCGUGGAUCUAAGUGUAAACAACCUUGUCGUUACAUUGCAUAUCGUUUAAUCGGUAGGCAUAUACUUCCGUAUCGUACACUAUUGCAGUUACGCUCUCGUCGUUGGAAUCUGUUGGCUAAUCGGGACAGUAUAGAUAAUGCAGGGGACUCCAAACAUGUACCAGUUGCUACUCGUCGUCUACUUCAACUCUACACUGAGUUAAGUCAACCAGGGGAAGUGGACCUAAAAAGAAUUCAACAGUACGCUAAUGAAAUGACUACACUUGCUGCUCCUUAUGGUCUUCCACUAAUUGUUGAAUGUUUAACUGAUAAGAAUUUUAAAGAUUUGUUUACUUUUGAAGGGCUUCCCACCGAUGUAGGUUAUGAGCAUGUUUUAAAUUCUAACUAUCGUAAUGAAAAUGCAAAACGUAGAUUGGAUGUAUUAACUGAGUUCAUAGAAAAUGCCGAGUGUUUCUGGAGGUCACAGAUUGGAAAAACGCACUCUAUAGAAAUGAAAACAACAAAUUCAACAGAUGUAGAAGGUGAAUCCAUAGUCAAAUUAGAACCACCAGUUGAAUGUGAUGUGCUUGGUCCGAAUUAUUUACCUGCUAUCCCAGUGGAUCUCAAUCCUGACGGUACCGUAGUUCUCAGCAAAACCAGUGAACCUGCUCUAGUUGAAGUUUUUAAAGUGUCUGAUGACUCGGAGUCAAUCCAUGAUUCAAAUAAUCACUCUGAAAAUCCAGUUAAUAAUUUAUCAAGUCAAGAAACACAAAAAUAUCGAACUGUUCAAACUAAAAAAUCACAUCAUAUCGAAUUUAUCCUAGCCCGGAUAAACAAACAAAAGUCAUAUAAACUUUCAGAUGAUGAUAAUGUAGAACCACCAGCAAGUGCUGAAAAUCAUGAUAUAUCAGAUGGUAUUGUUGCACCGUCCUCUGUUGAAUGUAUUUUAAAUGAUCAGCAGCUUGAGGAAAUGCCAAAUAUUUUGGAGUCUUACUGGAGUCAUACAGUGUUAAAUCCUCAUAUUCCUAGUGCAGAUACAAGUUCUGUAUGUUCAAACAACUUUCAAUCCGUUUUGGAUUCGUCAAUUUUUAUUGCUGAUGAGUGUCAGAGUCAAGCUGCAGGGAUCUUCCCAAGUGCAUGUCUUAUGACAUCCAGUCGUUUUGUUGCAAGAUGUCGGGCACGUGGUGAUGCUAACUCAUCUGACUUACUGACUCUACCGUCUUCUAUCAUAACUCAUACACAGGCAAUAACGGAUGAGAUGGAUGUGAGACGAGCACGUUCACUACUAGAUCGAUGUCGAACCUAUUUAGCUCCAUGUGAUUACAAAAAUAUGAUGAUUAACUUGUCCAACUUAAGUCAAGCUAUUCAGACUCCUAGAUUAAUUACCAGUAAUCAUGAACAGUCAGACAAAACUGAAGUAUUACUUUCUCUUGCAUGUGUGUUAAAUUGUUUGAAAAAACAUUUAUCUUUGUGGGAGGAUUUUGUUUGCCUUCUUACUCCAUCACAAGCCCGUAGUUUGGGUCUGCUAUCUACAUAUUUCAAUCUGGCACGGAUCAACCGAGUGCAAAGAGUUUUACAAGAUAUUGUUCCCCGUGAUAGGAGAUUCUGGAGACGUCUUCGUAAUUUGGCAGAUAGCUGCAGCAUUGAGGCACGUCAUAUUCCAGUCAAAAGAAGUUUUAUACAGGGUCAAAGUUCAGGUACAAUCUUAAGUAAAACCCAAACCAAAUCCCGCGUUAGAGGUUUGCGGCAUCGAAAUAUGCAUGAUGCAUUCUCCAAAGCUUGGUCAGUUCUGGAGAGUAGUUGGCGCAACCGUCCUGUUCUCUUAUCACGUAUCGCCAGUCUUAUUAAUACUAGACAUAAGCCAUAUGUCGGUUUUGAACAGAGUUUUGAAGAAUCAGAUGUACUUGCUCGUCAUCCUGUAGGGAACUCAACUUAUCCCGAGAAUUUAAAUCAAAAUGCAGGCAUUUCAAGCAAUAGAUACAUCCCUCCUCCAAUCAACGUCCUUUCUCCUCAGUUACGAUCCUUUCUUUCGGAAGGAUGGGAAGUAUGCACUGACCUUGCUUCAACAGCUCACAAUCGAAAUAACUUGUUAGGUACACUCUGGGCUCGUAGACAAUGUCCUUGCCGAUGUCAUCCUGGUGCAUCAUCAAACAGUGUUCCAAUAACAAAUCAAUCUGGAAAACCUAUUAAAAAGGUUGACAGUCUUGGUUUAAGACACUGCAUUUCUUGCAGUUUGAGAGUGCAUCGUGGCAUUGUGUAUGUUGAUGAGUGCAAUCUUCAUCUGCGUCACGUGAAGAUAACUUGGCCACCUGGUUUUAAACCAAAAGCUCAUUUACCUCGAAGUUCCCUAUCAGCUGACUCUGUUACAAAUCAAAUCCCUCGUCCUGCAACAAUCCACCAUGCAUCAUCAAAUAUUCCUACUCGUACUGCUUUAAGCGAACUUGCAAAAAUGCAUGCCAGGUUACAUUCUACAAACAGAGUAUCAAAUCAUCGCAAUUUCCUACCAGAUAUGGCUGGUCGACGUGUUUCAAUCGAAUUUGUUCCUUCUUUUAAAUCAAGUACAUUAGACAGUCGACAAAUCGAUGAUUCAAGCAAUCAAGAUGAAUGUAAUGCUCUUGAAGGAACUGAUGACGUUCGAAUCUCCUGUCCUUCAAUAGAUAAGCAUCCAAGACUAGUCGAUGUAGAUAGUAGAAAUGGUCUCAUACCACGUGAAUUACAUUCGAAAUUUGAUGUAGAAAAUCCUAUGAGUUGGUCGCUCUAUGAUGAAGCUGCUUGCUUCAAUACAGAAGCUUUUGCAUCUACAUACAAUGAGAAUCAUGAAGGUGAUCCGUGUGAAUUAGUUAAUGAUGAUUGGACACCGGAAGAAGACAGGCAGUUAUUGGAAUUUUGUAAAGCUAAAGGACGUUACAGCUCUCAGAUGUUUACAGACUUAGCUAAAAUAUGGGAACCCAAACCAUAUGUUUACUCUGCACAACGAAAUCCACUGGAAUUAGAAGAACGUUUUAAGCAUCUCAUGCGUAUCACAUUGAGAGAAGCUUAUGAUCCAGAGUUAUUUCAAACGCCGUAUAGAGACGAAUCUUCAUGUGAAGAUGACUAAUCAUAAUUUGACCUUAUGCAUUUGUUUUCCCAUAUUCACAGAAUAAGUUAACGCGCAUGAAUCAAGUCUUUCAUCUGUAUAAAUUUGUACAUUACAUAGACUUCUUAUUAAUUAUCAACAUAUAUUUAUCUUCUCACAGUUCAUUCUUCAAACUUUAUAAAAUAUAUGUUAGCGUUGCAAAUUUUUGAAGUCACAUAUUUUGCAUAUGCUUUCAAAGUUCUUUAUGAGAUAACCCUUAAAAAUUGUUCUAAAUUGCGUAUAGUGCAUAGAUCCGGUGAUAAGUAACAGAUUCGUUUAACUUUGUGGAAUCGAUUAGAUUAUGUUAAUGGGGAUGG